UCGAAGGUCGCGCAAUACAAUGUACAAGUAUACAUGUGUACACUGAAUGGCAUGAGCUUGUGUGUUUACUCUCAGUUAUUUCAGUCAGUCUGGUUUAAACCAGUACCCAUGCAUGUCGUACAUGAAUUUAGAGAUUCUGUGGCUUUGUGAAGACUAGUUUAUCCUUUUCUCCAUGGGCCGUCGCCAUUAACCAGUUUGUGAAUUCAGAAUCAGAUAUGAUUCGGAACGGACUGAAAAUCCUGCGCAACUUUCGCCCCUAUUCACCGCGGUUGCCGUGUUCGGUGUGGCCACCACGGCCAUUGCAGACGGGUCAAGGGAAUGCCCGGGGUCUGUCGGCGAUGUUCACGGCGCGACGCAGCCUGUUGCAGCUGCCAGCAAGGCCCGAGCUGUCAAAGAUCGUCCCCAAGCCACCACGGGGAUAUCAGUCGGUGAAUUGGUACUCGUCUCAGGCCAGCCGAGAGGCUUCGCUGGAUACUCAUGUGAAGAUCAGAUCCUUGAGCAAGGAUGACUCGCGUCGUAUGGUGAACGUGACUUGGUCUGACGGCACGAAACAAGACUACCCGUUCGUCUGGCUCCUGGACAACUGCUUCUGUACCGACUGCUACCACGUCGAGUCCCAGUGUCGACUCCUCCCCUUCGACGAGCUCGACAUCGACGCCAACCCGGAGUCGGUCGAGACCGUCAACCACGGCGACACGCUCCGGGUCUCCUGGAAUCGACACCACCACAGCGAUUUCAACUCGGACUGGCUUCGCCCUAACCGAUUCGAUCAGGCCGAGCCGCGAGACGAUGCCCUCUCCGCCCUGCCCACCCCGAAGCUUUGGGGCGCGGAGAUCGCCCAGUCUCUGCCCAGGUUUGAGUUCCAAGAAGUCCUGUCGGAUGACUGGGCUCUGCUGGACUUCCUGAAGGCCUUCCAUGAGUUCGGGAUCGUGAAGUUGGAGAGGACCCCGGCCGAACCGAAUCAGAUCCCGAUACUCGCCAAGAGAAUCGGCCCGAUGAGAGAAACGAGUUUUGGACUGAUCCAACCGCUCAGGAAAGGCGGGUACGAGGUUGAGGAUUUGGGUCAAGAUCGUGCCCUGUCGUACACCACCAAAGCGCUGAAUCUACACAACGACAUGAGCUGCCUUUAUGAAACAACAUGUAUGGCGUUUUUUCACUGCAUUAUAGCAUCAGACGGCAAGGGAGGUGAAAGCAUCUACUCGGACGGUUUCCAUGCCGCGGAAAUGUUGAGGCUUGCUGACCCCAGGGCGUUCCGGCUGCUCUCCACCAAUCAGCAGGAGUUUCGACUGGUGGGGGCGGAGCCUCACGUCGGUGAUUUCGAUCACCGAUCUCAUCAUUUCCCAAUCAUGCUUGACCACUUUGGACAACUUAAGGCGAUUCACUACAGCACUCACGCUCGAACCCCUUCACUGCGCAUGGCCGUUGAUGACGUUAAAGCCAUGUAUAGCGCCCUCCAGAGCUUUUCCAAACUCCUUGAGAGCCCGGAAAAUGCGUAUUAUGUUAAACUGCAAAAAGGUGACAUGGUGGUGGUCAACAACCAUCGCGUCCUCCACGGGCGGACGCCGUUUGAAGACUCCAACGAGAGAUACUUGGAGCUGGGUUACGUCGACUGGGACCACGUGACUUCGCGCAUGCGCGUCCUCCAAAAUAAACUGAAUUCUGAUAAAGUGUGAAAAGCAACCCCCCUCCCCCAAAAAAAAAAUAAAAAAAAUUUGGCGUUGUAUCACAAACUUGGUUAAUUCACUGAAAUAAAGAUAUCUAUAUGUUAGGGAUUUCAAACAGAAAAUAAAACCCACCCAUCAACCUGGAACAAUCUACUGAUUCUAAAGCACGCCCUCAAUCGAAAUUCCAUGUAUUUCGGACAAGGUCAGAACAUGGGUCAGAACAAUUCGGGUUAUUCGCAAUGUAGUGCGCCACCAAGAGUUUGCCACGGCGAGUUCAUUUUUCCCAGUGCGUUGCAUGGGAGAUGGUUGACAAAUUCGCAACGCGGAACAUUUGAAUCUUGUUAGUUUUUUUCCGGUCAGUGGGUUCGUAAGUGUAUGAUUCAAGUAUCUGUUUGCCCCUUUCUUUUCCUUUUAUCAAUAUGGUGCUUUUUGUAAGGCAGCAGAACGCUAUGCCCAAUCUAUAACAAAUUAGCUCAAGUUGUCUACUGACACUCGUUCAACUGGGCCUUAUUUUGUUGUCCAUAAAGUUGAAAAAGGGACUCUCCACGGCAAACUCUUGGUGGCGCACUACAUUGUGAAUCGCCCGAAUUGACAGUUAUUGGUUGUUAACGUUCUAGCUAAUGUUGACAUCUGGGAAUAAGGGCCAACAGCACUGUGUGCAGUACAUAAAGGAAACCUCACUUUAUAAUGAAUAAAUAUAUGAAGUUACAAAUUGUAUAUUAUUUUUAUUUGCGAACCAUUUAGUUAAGGUGAGCUACAACAAAUAAACAUAAUCCUAUAAUUACAAGAUGUUUGUUUUUAUGUCAUAUAUAGACGAGUAUCCAUACAUCUUUUUGUACAGCAUUAUGUACAAAUUCACGAAGAGAUUGUGGAGUAGACGUACUAUUAACUUUAUGCAAACUUGUGACAUAAAAUGGCGUGCGUGUUAAAUUUUGAAGAAAAUAUCAGUUUAAUUUGGGCGUUUUGGGCGUAUACAAUAUCACCUUGUUGAUUUGAGCACAAUGAUCAUUGUUCAAAAUGGCCGAAGUUUAAUAGCGGAUCAAUGUUUACGUAAGCUGACAAGUGUUUGUCAAAAGGUCUGGACUUUUGGCCCAAAUUAACAUUAACGGUAGAUAUAUUAGAGGGCCCAUAGCAUGCCAUGCUUUUAUUUUUGCAAUCCUUGAAACUGCUACUUUUUGUCCCAUGUAAGCUUAUUUUCAAUUUUCGUUUCGUUUUUUUUCAAGGUAUUUUGGGUUUUUAUGCUAAUGCAAAUUUCCAUAUUCACGAGCAAAAGUGUGAUGUCAUUUCAGGCAGAAACAUCUAUGUUACAGCUAUUUCAGCACCAAAAGAUGCCAGAAUUUUGGAUAUUUUGCUGUCGUGAAGUUUCUUUAUUUUUGGUGAUUGUUUGUGGUGUCAGUACAUGGCAGUAAGCCAAUGAGCAAACCUUUCCCACACUGUUUUCAGUGAGCACAUUUUUGGGUUCACAAUUUGAACAGAAAACCCCUAAA